CAUCCGCUCGGCAGCACGUCCCAGCGCAACAGAUUCUUGCAUUUCACUUUACUCAGAUUCAUCAUCGUGUGCAGCCGAAGCCCUAGUGAGCAUGAACCUCAGUCUUCCUGACCAGAACAUGCACAGCUCUAAUGAAGGCUGCAUAGAGGACGACAAAUCUGAUGUCAUGUUGCCUUGCUUCCGCAGAAACAUGUAUGACGAGCCUCUGGCCUCGUACUCCAGCGGAUCCAUCAUCUCUCAGCUCCUUCGCAAGACAAUCCAGAGCAAGAGGGCACUAGAUGAAAGCCAUUUCUACCUUUCCAGCUCAACCGCUGCUGACUCAGGCCAGGAAGACCAGAGCAGCGUCUCCUCAAAGGACAGCACGGUGGAGGCUGGCUCGCCCAGCGGUCACGUCUCCAUGGGAACCAGUCCGGACGGAGAGCAUCCCGUGACCGACCACCUGCAGGCCAAGAGGGCCAGAGUGGAGAACAUUAUCAGGGUCAUGGCCGGCUCUCCCAACAGCAAGCAGCACGGAGACAGUGAGAGGUCUGACACAGAAGCCAGAGACACCAGGGAGGCCAGGGAAGCAUACAGGGAGAACAAGCGUAAACAGAGGUUGCCUCAGCAUCAGGAGCACAGCGUUGGAGGGCCAGCGAGCAGGAGACCUGGAAGCAGCAAUAGUGAGAAGUGUAACGCCAAGGAUGAGGAGUGUCACAAGUUGAAAGAGCAGCUCCACAGCAUGCAGAGGCUGCUGCGUCAGCUCCAGGAGAAGUUCCUUCAAGUUUACAACCAGGACGAUCCUGAACACGACGACAGAGACGAGACAGAAAUCACUGCUGAGCAUGACAGCAUGGCAGAAAGUGCAGAGUCACGCUACAUAAGCACUGAAGAUGACUUUGAGAGGAAGAACAGCAGGGUGACUGCAGAGUGUAAGGACCGGAUGAAAGUAGUUGAUUAUCUGGUGCACCACAGAGAGAGUCAGAACCUACAGGAAAUCCUGAAGCAGGAGCUCUCCCGGGCUGUUAAUGAAUGCGUAGACAGGGUGUUUAAGAAGGUGCCGUCAGCGGGGCUGGACCUGUCUCCUCAGCCAUGCAUGUGCUCAUCUCCAGAGAUGCAGAUGAGUGUGGGUGCAGACAGGAAGAGCCAGCAGGCCAGCUCCACCCAGGAGCAGCCCCAGUCUGAGGAGGCUGCAGUCAAACCCCACUCUCUGGAGUACUAUGAAAGCUCCGAGGCUCAGAGCCCGCAGGACCAGACAGAGGCGCUGUCGCUGGUGGUCCGCAAGCCGGCAGUGACCCCCCUGAGCUCAGUCACCCCAACAGUGAAGAGGCCCUAUCCUGUGCACCAGACACCAUUUCAGUUCAAUUACAGCACCCCUCUGCACGACAGCCAGAUCCUAGAGCAUCUUCUCAAGUAUGGGCCCCAUUCCAACUUUGGGGGUCUGCCCUGCAUGCCUCCAUCAAUGGACAGGACCUCGCCGGACUCGGUGGACCUCCCCUGGGACACCAUCGCCAUGAGGUCCAAGGUGACGUCCGGCCACCUCGGCCACCACCCUCGCCCCUCUGCCCUGGGGGCGGUGGCGGUCGACAAUCUGUGCCUCCCUCACGUCAAGAUUGAGUGUGGUGAACUGCAGAGCAUGGCUGAACGAAACCCCUACAUGUCCCUCAACAUCCAGGAGGGUCUCACCCCGAACCAUCUGAAGAAGGCAAAGCUCAUGUUCUUCUACACCCGCUACCCCAGCUCCAACGUGCUGAAAACUUUCUUCCCUGAUGUCAAGUUCAACCGCUGCAUCACCUCUCAGCUCAUCAAGUGGUUCAGCAACUUCAGGGAGUUCUACUACAUCCAGAUGGAAAAGUUUGCCCGCCAGGCUAUCGUCGACGGCAUCAGAGAAGUCAAAGACAUUACAGUUAGCAGGGACUCAGAGCUGUUCCGGGCACUGAACAUGCACUACAACAAAGCCAACGACUUCCAUGUUCCCGACAGAUUCCUGGAGGUUGCCGAAAUCACCUUGCACGAGUUCUACAAUGCCAUCUCUGCAACCAAAGAUUCAGACCCGUCUUGGAAAAAGGCCAUAUACAAGGUGAUCUGUAAACUGGACAGCGAUGUCCCAGAAGAGUUCAAAACAUCUUCCUAUUUAUAGGUACGAGUGGAGAAAUGUACAGGUGAAGGAAUUGGUGAAUUUUCUGAAGUUAGUCCCUUGACAAUAUUUCAUCAUUUCUUGUAGUGCAUUUUAGUGAAGUGAAAUGUAGAUGUUGACUGAAUAAUUAUUUUGUAAAUCUUUCCAAACACAAGGAAAGAAAGAAAAAAACGCACAGACCAUUUUAAAAGUUAAGAAUUUACAGUCUGAAAUAUUGUGUUCUGCUCUAUCAAAAAACAACUACUGAUUAAUAUUAAUGCUCUUGUGGUUUAUUCUAUUGUUUAGUAUUUUCUCUUAUAUAAUCUGCCUCAACACAUUUAGAGAGUUACUGAGUUUGUUGGUGUGUAAAAAUGUUUACAAAGAUGUAAUCAUUUAUAGUGUAGCCUUAUGUAGUUGAACUGGGAGAGUUCUUUUUUUUGGAAAUUAUUGUCAGUAUUAAUUAGCUUUCUAAUGCUAUUUCUUUUCGUAGCUGUGUGUGUUGUGUAAAUGUAAACGCUGCUGUUGUACAUUGUGUAAUGUCCUAUAAAUUUGUUGUAAACUAUUAGCUUGACAGAAGGUGCAUGUGAAAAUAAUGCAAGUGACUGUCAUCAGUUUUAUUAUGUAUAAAGGUCAUGUAAAGAACAAUCAUUUUCAAAUAUUUCAGUUGCAAACAUUGUACUGGAUGAUUAUUGAAAUUAAAGAUGCACUAAA